UUUGCUUCCUCCAGUUCCAGAAUCUUCUUCUUCGGCAGAGCUUGUGUUGUCACUCGUCGAACCAACGUUCUACUCGCACUGGCUGUAUGUCCUCUGAUCCUCUUUCCACAGGGAUGCAUGUAAGCGCAUGCCGAAGUGCCGAUACGAGGCAUCCAUCCAGCGGCAUCUCAUCACUCAGCAUGACUCAACUUCAAAGUGAUCGUCUUUGUUGUUUUGAUGAUAUAUAACUGAUUCUUAUUACAAUCUGUCUGAACCUAUCUAGCUUUGCUCGUUCCGAAUAUGUCACUCGCACCACCUUUUACUCAAGAAUCCGCCCAUGCCAAGGUCAAGAAGGCACAGGACCUCUGGAAUGGCCAGGAUCCCAAGGCAAUCGCACAAGCCUAUACACCCGACUGUAUUUGGCGCAAUCGAUCGUCUUUCCUCUCUGGUACGGCGGAGAUUGAAAACUUCUUAACAAAGAAGUGGGAGAAGGAGAAGAAUUACCAGCUGCGCAAAGAACUAUUUGCCUUUACUGACAACAAAAUCGCCGUGCAAUUCUGGUAUGAGUUUCAAGAUGCCCAUGACGGCAUGAAGUGGAAGCGUUGCUAUGGUCUCGAGGAUUGGACAUUUGCAGAAGACGGGAAGAUGCGCAAGCGGCAGAUGAGCGGUAACGAUAUCGAGAUUGGUGAAACCCAACGAUGGUUCAAGGACGGUGUGGACGUGAACGCAGUCGAGAUUAGUGAGUCUCAUUGGUAA